GUUAUGUCUCCGGUGUAAUUUCGACGGCGGAUUUCGUCGAUUACAGUCGUCGCCACCGUAUAUUAAUACACAUUUGGAAGCUCAAAUAAUGGGCUUCUUGCUUGAAGCCCAUUGACGUCGGUACUAUUGUAUUUGCAAUGAUUUUAAACGUCGUCGUACAAGUAAUAAAUCAGAACCCCUAAAACCCUUUUCAUCUCUCCGGACACUUCUUCUCCCGACACUUUCCUCUUCAAAUCCCAAACGGCUAUCUGACUUUGGAAGAAAGAGAGAUUCAGAGUGGAGAAUAUUAUGGAAGGAACUUUAGAUGAAGAGAAUCUAGUCUUCGAAACCACCAAAGGUAUCAAACCAAUCAAGAGUUUCGAUGACAUGGGGAUGAAUGAUAAAGUUCUUCGCGGCGUUUAUGACUACGGUUACAAGAAACCAUCUGAGAUUCAGCAGAGAGCUUUGGUUCCGAUUCUCAAAGGACGAGACGUCAUAGCUCAGGCUCAGUCCGGUACUGGUAAAACCUCUAUGAUUGCUAUCUCCGUUUGCCAAAUCGUCAACAUAUCCUCCAGAAAGGUUCAAGUCUUGGUGUUGUCUCCAUCAAGAGAGCUGGCUUCACAAACAGAGAAGACUAUACAGGCUAUUGGGGCACAUACCAAUAUUCAGGCGCAUGCUUGCAUUGGUGGUAAGAGCAUCGGUGAAGAUAUCAAGAAGCUAGAGCGUGGUGUCCACGCUGUGUCUGGGACACCUGGUCGAGUUUACGAUAUGAUAAAGAGAGGAAGCUUACAAACUAAAGCUGUUAAACUUUUGGUUCUGGAUGAAUCAGAUGAAAUGCUGAGUAAAGGUUUGAAAGACCAGAUUUAUGACGUUUACAGAGCUCUUCCACACGAUAUUCAGGUUUGCUUGAUUUCUGCUACUCUUCCUCAAGAGAUUUUGGAGAUGACAGAAAAGUUUAUGACAGAUCCUGUGAGGAUUCUUGUGAAGCCUGAUGAAUUGACUCUUGAAGGAAUCAAACAAUACUAUGUUGAUGUUGAUAAAGAAGAGUGGAAAUUCGAUACUCUUUGCGAUCUUUAUGGAAGACUUACUAUUAACCAAGCUAUUAUCUUCUGCAACACAAGACAAAAGGUAAAAGACUCUUGUUCUUAAGCUCUGGUCCCUCCACUUUUGUCGAUAAUAUUAUACCUUUGAUCUGCGUUUUUUAUAUAUAUGAAAGGUUGAUUGGCUUACUGAGAAGAUGAGGAGUAGCAAUUUCAUAGUCUCAUCAAUGCAUGGAGACAAACGUCAAAAGGAGAGAGAUGAUAUCAUGAACCAGUUUCGGUCAUUUAAAAGCCGUGUUUUAAUCGCCUCAGAUGUAUGGGCACGAGGGAUCGACGUUCAAACUGUUUCUCAUGUCAUCAAUUAUGAUAUACCCAACAACCCGGAGCUAUACAUUCAUCGUAUAGGACGAGCUGGUCGUUUUGGUCGUGAAGGUGUUGCCAUUAACUUUGUAAAAUCUUCGGAUAUGAAAGAUCUUAAGGAUAUUGAGCGACAUUACGGUACUAAAAUCCGCGAGAUGCCAGCUGAUCUUGUCUAAAGAUGUUGUUUCCUUGAAGCUGAAGUUAUAGAAUCGGUUUUGAAAGAAGUUUUGUUCUUCAACUAUCCAUUGGUUUAGACUUAGGCACAAGCUCUUUGAAAAUGUAUACCUCACUUCAGUCAUUUCUUUUGUACCAACCAAAAUAAUAUUAUUGUAGCUAUUUUAUUUUCUGAAAAUCAACAAAUUGUGUUUGGCUAAAGGCUUCGUGAUGAAUCCAAAAUUGUUCUCAUUUAGAAAUUGUAUGAUG